GGAAGCGGAAGUAGAUUAUUGACUGCGGCGUGAAAGCGAUGCUGAAGCUGUCAUCGUUAGAUGUGCAGGCGGGGAUGUUGCCAUUAACUAUGUCACAUGUUUGUGAAGAAGAAGAGUAACAUUUUUCUAAAGAGGUUAGUCUUCCAAGCAAGAUGAACAGCAUCACUCAGCUCUUUAAUGACUUAUGCGAGUCCCACAUUGCAGGAUUCCUAUGCAAUCAUGGAUUUGGCAGAAGAAAACAAAGCAAGAAUAAAGCCAAACGGAGUCUUAAGAAACUGGCGUAUGACACCCUUUUUGUCCAUUUGUUCCAAGAAGAAGUCCGACAACUACAACCAAAUUCCUCAAGGCUCCCUGUGAAAAACAAGAUGCUAAUGUUAUCUUUUAAUCUGAGAAUGUGUGGGAUGAGCUCGGAAGCAGAUCACUUAGAAGAGCUUGUAGAACAUCUUGAAAAGCUAAAUGGUGCACAAGUUGGAGAUGCCUAUUCUGUCCUUGAGCUCUUGAUAGACCUUGCAGGAACUGGGCCACCUCAGGUCCUUCCACCAAAACGUGACCUUUUUCAAAACAACAAGUAUGUGGGUAGAAAACCAUGCUACAGUGGCUAUGAUUAUUAUGAUGUUCGUGUAUUCGAAGCUGACCUUGGGACCUUUCUGGCACACCAGGAGUGUGAAAUAAGCAACACUGUACACAGGACGCUUCAGAUCAUGGAAGGUGCUCCUGGAGCUGGGCUGCCAGCCAUGGGUCUUUUUUCUCAGAACUACCCCAUCAGUGAUAGGUUUGAAAAAGAAACCCGUGUGUCACUUUUUGGAGCUCUCAUUCACAGUCGUACAAAUGACAUGGAUAUCAAGCUGGAUUUUCCACCUGUACCCGACAGCGCUGAUGUCUCUGGCCUGGCUAUUAAAGUGCCACAGAGUAUAGACCAGUCUGAAGAUGAAGGUUUCCAAUCGGCGUCGAACAUGACUCCAGAUUCUCAAUCUGAGCCGAGCAUGACCCCUGACAUCGACCUAUGGGAGGCAGUUCUCACAUAUGGACCCAGCAAACGUCGCUGCUGGGAAAGAAUAGGCUGCCCACCUGGUAAGAGAGAAGAUCCCUAUUUUACAGAGGCUGGACGAGAAGCUUUUGACAAACUGUAUAAACUUCAUGAGGGAGCGCUACAGAUCCUCAGCAAUACUGGUUUACAACCACCGCACCUUGUCAUGCUUAGAGAAUCGGAGCUUGUGAAUGAUGUUCUCAAUGCCCUCAUUGGUGUUGUAUCCACUACAUUUUCCUUUAAUCAGUCACUUCAGGCUUUUGUGGUCAAACAAGGAAUAUACAUGUCCGGAACAUCUCCUGACAACAUAAGCAAUCUCUUGGCUCAAAUUGGGGAAUAUGGAACCUUUUACAUCAGACUGAGUCAUUUCUCUUUACGGACUGUUUUGGACUCAUCGCAUAACAAAGGCAUUGUGUUUCAGGCUUUCACAAGUGGCCUUAGAAAAUACCUACAGUAUUAUCGGGCAUGCGUUUUAUCCACUCCUGCAACGUUAAGUUUGCUCACAAUCAGUUUCCUCUUCCGAAAACUAGGACGCCAGUUAAGGUACUUGGCCGAGCUGUGCUGUGUUGGGACACUUUGCGCUGGGGCAAACAGGGGAAACAACACAUUGUUUCCUACGGGAGUGAAAUUACUUUCAUAUUUAUACAAAGAGGCUCUUGAAAACAGCAGCAAUGAAAAUUACCCAGUCCUGUUGUCUUUGCUAAAAACUAGCUGUGAGCCAUACACAAGGUUUAUCUAUGAUUGGGUAUACAGUGGUGUCUUCAGGGAUGUUUGCGGAGAGUUUAUGAUUCGUGUAAAUGAAGACUUCCUUGGGUUUAGAGAUAGACGAUAUUGGACCCAUGGAUACAGUUUAAUUUCCAAAGACGUGGAAGACUGUGUUCCUGUGUUUUUGAAGCACCUUGCUAAUGAGAUCUAUGUUUGUGGGAAAACCAUAAACCUGUUGAAACUGUGCUGCCCCAAGCAUUACAUUUGCUGGUCUGAUAUCCCAGUACCAAGAAUAUGUAUAACAUUCUCCCUAGAAGAGCUGAAAGAGAUGGAAAAAGACUGUGCUGUUUAUGUGGCCCGAAUGGAACGAAUAGCGCGAUAUAGCUCCAUCAGCAGGGAGGAGAAAAAUUUACAAGCUGAAAUUGCCAAGCAUGAGUUAAUAAUCCAGGCUCGUGCGGCAACUGAGAAAAUCCUGGAAACGUUCAAAGAUCAGAAAUUGGCAGAAAGGGCGUACCUGGAUACAAAGAAGAGAGAGUUGUUUCAGAAGUUAAAAGAUCAAUAUGAGAAAGACCAAGAGAGGAGACUUGCGGUGAAACAAGAAGAGGCUGAUGAUGAUUUCAGCUACGCCCGAGAGCUGCGUGAUCGUGAGCAAAGGUUGAAGGCGUUAGAAGAAGAACUGGAGGCAAAAGCAAAGCAGGAGCUUAUUGAGCAUUACAGCAGGUUAUCUGAGGAGGCAACUCGGAAAGAACAGAAGGCGCUCUGGAAGCUCCAGCGUCAUAGGCUUGAAACUACUAGACUGAAUUUUUUCUCGGAAGAGGAAAAGCAACUGCAGGUGUUACUGGCACAAAAUCCAGUAGGAGCACCUGGAGAAAAAAUGGAUAAUUCACCACUUGUCAAGACCAAAGAAGACUGCCCAGAAAACACAAGUCCUCUUUGUGGUGUUCAGGUUGGAUUUGUUUUUAGAAAUAUGUAUUCUAGGUAUUUAUAUUUACAUUUAGGAUCUUCAGGUGCAAGACACAAGCAGUCUUCAGACUUGACCCCUAAUAAUGGAGAAAUUCUUAUUGGUGAAAAUAAGGAAAUAUUGACUUUACUUUCGCAACAAGAAAAUCUAUGCUUACCUUCAGAAUGUGCAAGUGGAGGGGGCAAUAUAGGUCCAUCAUUAGAUAGACAUUCAUUUGAGUCUAGUCUUUGCACCCCUGAUGUGGACAUUGCUGACUUUCUUCCUAGAUCACCUAAUGUGACACAGCAAGUUGAACUGAAUGUAGAGCAGUCCCUUGUUGAGGAUGCUUUAAAGUAUAUAGGUUCAGAGAUUACUAAUGCCACAGAGACACCAGAUAGCCAGCCUGUUUCACAAUCCGAGGUUCCAGAGACUAGAGAGUUAAGUUCCCUGUCUGAAAAUGUGUAUGAUUUUAAUACAGUCCUUAAUCCUGUGGCAUUUACACGGCUUUCACAAGAAAGUAUUAAAGUUGGGGAAGAUGUGUCUAACGUGCAACAUUCAAGGCCUCGUUGGCAUAUUCAUGGACAUGCAUCAGAUUCAGCUAUUAAAAUUGGAGACUAUGUUCCGGAUAUCAAAGUUUUCCAUCAUCAGGCUAGCGCAUAUGGCCAUUCCUCUGAUUCUCACAUGAAUAUUGGUGAGUAUGUGUCUGAUGUGGAUCCUGGCCAGCCUCAGUGUAAUAUUCAUGGCCAUGUCUCCUCAGGACAUAUUAAGGUAGGGCAGUAUGCCUCUGAUGUAGAAUCAAAGCUCCCCAGGAAGAAUAUUCAUGGGCAUGCAUCACAAGGAAACAUUAAGGUUGGGGAGAAUGUUUCAGAUGUGAAACCUUCAAGACCAAGAUGGAACAUCCAUGGGCACGCGUCAGACGCCAAUAUUAAAAUCGGAGAGAAUGUUUCUGAAGUUGAAAGUUUGCGGCCUCGAUGGAAUAUUCACGGACAUGCUUCACAGUCACAUAUACAAGUUGGAGAAUAUGUUUCCAAUGUUGAGCCAGGAAAACCCCGCCAUAGCGCCUUUGGUCAUGUGUCUCAUUCUAGUAUUGAAGAGGGAUACUCCUCAGACAUCCAUGUAAAAGGAGUGCAGAAAUCUGAAUUUGGUCAUUCAUCGGACUCUACAGUUCAAUAUUUAAUGUAUGGCAAAAAAUCGAACACCAACAAGAUAAUUGAAAAUAAAUCAAAAGGGGCUGAUGGAGCAGAAGAACAAACUUCAGAGCAUACAGAUUCAUCUGAUGCUGUAACUGUUUUGUCACCUAGCCCUGAAGAAGACGAGGCAGAAGAUAUAGCAGUUUCAAUGAUAGAAAAUCCAAAUGAGGGCCAAGUGCCUGUUUCUUCAAGCUCCCUCGCUGAUGGCCAGCAUGGUGCUUCUGCCUGCCAGGAAGGAGGGCCAAGCGUCAUUGAGUUAAAUUCAGGGCACCCACCCAGUGCGUGUAAUCCUGCAGAAGAGGACGCUUGUGCUGCCGAUGUCACAUGGGAGAAAGAACAAAAUUAUCUUAAGGCCUUGGCAGCCAAAUACUGCCUGGAAAAAUACCAAGACCGUUACGAAAUAAUGUCGGAGCCUCCAGUUUCACAUCCGCUGAGCCACAUUAUGCCCCGACAGUUCGCCUUCCCUAUGGAUCCUGACAUUCAUUCAGCUACAGAUGAAAGCGCCGUGCAGCUCAUUGAACUUCUGUCUUUGCCAGUGCUGAUGAAAUACUCUGUCACUGCUCCCAUGGUAUCCCAUGUGUCUCUUGUAAAUAAAGCCAUAGUGGAUUACUAUUUUGUGGAACUGAACAUGGAGAAGCAUUUUGAAGCAAUAAGACAUUUUCUACUGAUGGAAGAUGGCGAGUUUGCACAGUCUCUCAGUGACCUGUUAUUUGAAAAGCUUGGAUCGGGACAAACGCCAAGUGUGAUGCUCACUCCCUUGGUUCUUAAUUCCAUAUUGAACAAAGCUCUGCAAUAUAGCCUGCACGGGGACUCAAAUCUUGCAUCCAAUCUUUCUUUUGCACUCAAAUAUCUUCCAGAAAUGUUUAUACCAACAGCACCUGAUACUUUAAGUUGCUUGGAGUUAAAAUACAAGAUUGGUUGGCCUCUGAAUAUUGUCAUAACAGAAUCCUGUAUGAACAAGUACAAUAAGAUCUUCUCGUUUCUACUUCAGCUGAAGCACAUGGUGUGGACAUUAAGAGAUGUUUGGUUUCACUUGAAAAGGACUGCGUUGGUGAACAAGGCAUCUUCCUCUGUCCAGCAUCGGCAACUCCAGCUUUACCGGCAUGAGAUGCAGCAUUUUGUUAAAGUUAUCCAGGGAUAUAUCGCCAACCAGAUCCUGCAUGUUACCUGGUGUGAGUUUAGAAACAAACUGGGUACCGUUAGCAACUUGGAGGAAAUUUACAAGACACAUGCUGAUUACCUCAACAAGGCACUUUUUAGGGGACUAAUGACUGAAAAAGCGGCCCCACUAAUGAAUAUUAUUCACAGCAUUUUCAGUCUUAUUCUGAAGUUCCGCAUACAGCUAAUCUCACAGCCAUGGAACUGUGAUAAAGGGAAGCAGAUGGCUACUCACCCAAAUUUUGGCCUGAUGCAGCAGUCUUACAACACUUUCAAGUAUUACUCCGACUUCCUUUUUGAAGUGGUAACCAAACUUGUAAGUCGAGGCUAUCAGCCACAUCUGGAAGAUUUCCUUUUGAGAAUUAACUUCAACAACUACUACAAGGAGACCUGAACACCAUGGCUGCAUUGUAAACCUGUGUCCCACGCUUUAUUUUGUAAAUAAUUGUUUGUUAAUAAAAAGUGUAUACAAUUAUAGUAUGACCAAUAAAUUAUAAAGCUUUUUUGAAAUAA